CACUUGAAACUUCCAGCAUUGGCUGUUAGUCUGGAACCAACUAAGUUGAACACUGAAGUUUCAUCAUGAGGGACAGAAAUCACUUGCCUGUUUCUCAUGUACUCCUUUGGUUGGCCAUUUCUAGCAUAUUAUCUACUGUAUCACCAAUGAGGAGCCAUUUGAAGCCAAGUGAAGUUCUGAGACAUGGUGGACAUGAUCCUGGCCUUGGCCACUCUUACAGUUCUUCACCAUCUACAGCUAAUCAACAUGGUUCUUACAUGCCUCAUUCAAAAAAAUUCAACAUCCUGUUCUUUGGAGCUACUGGAGAUGGAGUUGCUGAUGAUUCAAAGGCAUUCAAAGCAGCAUGGAAAGCUGCUUGCUUGGUUCCCAGAGCAACCAUAGAGCUACCAUCAGAGUUCAAAUUUCUUGUUAGACCAAUCACUCUUCAGGGCCCUUGCAUGCCUCACCUUGUUCUCCAGAUAGAUGGAACUCUUGUGGCUCCUUCAAGUGUGGCUAAAUCCAACCUCUAUCAAUGGAUCAACAUAAAAUGGCUUCAUGACUUCACCAUACAAGGAAGUGGUACUGUAGAUGGUCAGGGUUUUGUACUGUGGAACAUCUCUGAAAGCCACCACAUUGAGAAAGAGACCAAAUAUGGAUCAUCUAUGAGACCAACUGUAAUCAGGUUGUACAAGUGCUACAAUGUUACAGUUCGCAACAUUCGGAUCAUCAACAGCCCUCUGUGCCAUCUGAAAUUUGACAGCUCUCAGGGUGUCAAAGUGAAGAACAUUACAAUUUCUUCACCGAAAGAUAGUCCCAACACUGAUGGAAUUCACCUUCAGAACACUCGAGAUGUCGAGAUCAAGCACUCUGAUAUCGGAUGUGGUGAUGACUGCGUCUCAAUACAAGCUGGAUGCUCUAAUGUUCAUAUCCACCAUCUCAGAUGCAGCCCAGGUCAUGGAAUCAGCGUGGGAGGGCUGGGGAAGGGAAGUAGCUUGGCCUGUGUCUCCAACAUCUCUGUUAACAGUGUCACCGUCCAAAAUGCUCUAUCUGGAGUAAGGAUUAAAACAUGGCAGGGCGGCGUAGGAUCGGUCAGGAACGUGUCGUUCUCCAACGUGCAGGUCGUCGACGUCGAUGUGCCGAUCGUGAUCGAUCAGUACUACUGCAACAGGAGAUCAUGCAGGAACAGGACGGAUGCAGUGGCUAUCUCCGAGGUCACGUACAAGAAGAUAUCAGGGACCUACAGGUUUCAACCCAUGAAUCUGGCCUGCAGCGACGGCAUGCCAUGCACCGGCGUAGCACUGAGGGACAUCGAGCUGUCGCCGGCGAACGAGACCCAAGUUCCUAGAGAGGCCUUCUGUUGGAAGUCAUACGGGGAGUCGCAAGGUCUCCUUCACCCGCUCAGCCUUGGUUGCUUGCAGAGGCCUACCAGGCUGAUGAAGGCCCAGAUGAAGUCUCACAAUGACACUUGUUACUACUGAUGAGGAAGAAAACAAUUGUUGUGUGAGUUGAAACGUGUUUGGCAAGAUCUUUACCGAUCUAAAUAAGCAAUGUUACGGUUCAACAUCAACAUCUGUU